CGCAGAUAACCUUACUUCUUUCCUGAGCAUUUAAAACCGUGUUUUGUAGGUUAUGUUGCCGGAAUGUACUACUACAUCUGAAGUGUUCUGUAAAUCUUCUAAUGCACCUUGCUGAGAUACCCGCUAAUGUUGAUAGUAUUGACAUGUUUGCAGCAAAUGGGAAUGAUGAAUUUGAAACUUCUGAAUGAUUGUAUAAAGUCUUAAAACAUGCCUGUUGCAGGAUACAAAUUACAUUUAAUAUUCCGAUUAAUAAUCUUAUACAGUUUUGCAAUUCCAGCAUCGUCAUACGUGAUGGAAUUAGGUCCAGUAAACAAACUUGUUCGAUGUCCUGGGUUGUACUGUGGACGGGAAUUAUUCUCAAAUGGAAGUUGGAGUAAUUGUGGUGCAUGUCCACGUGGUUACAGGACAAAUGCCUCUUCAGCAUGUAUAAAAUGCAAUGACAGUCCCAAAUUUUAUGAUUGGUUAUAUCUUGGUUUUAUGGCAUUGCUUGCAUUUGUUUUACAUUGGUUCUUCAUAGAUACAACUUCUAAGAGAAGAAGUUUCUGUAAAGAAGUGUUGGUACUACAUUUCUCAGCUCUGUUUGAAGUUAUAACAGCGGCCGUUCUCACACUGCUUAUGACAGAUCCCAUGGGAAGCUUAGCUGUGCAGUCAUGUCAAACAGAGAAACUGUCCGACUGGUAUACAUUACUUCACAACCCAAAACCAAAUUAUGACAAGACACUGCACUGCACCCAAGAAGCUGUAUAUCCUUUAUAUACAAUGGUGUUUAUUUUUUAUGCAUUAUGCGUUGUGCUUAUGCUGGUUGUGAGACCCUGGUUAGCACAUUUCCUACCAAAACAUGGCAGAAUGUCAAUUUAUGCAGCGCUUUACUUCUUCCCGACCUUAGCAGUUAUUCAUGCAGUCUUCGGGGGACUUAUAUAUUAUUCCUUCCCAUAUAUAGUUAUAAUUCUGUCCGUCAUAUCAAAUGCAGCCCAUUUUGCAUAUAAAUUGGAUCAGUCCAUGCGGUUCUUGAUUGUAAGCACUGUGACAGACAUAAGGAAUGUUGUGAUCAUUCUGGGUCACUGGCUACUUCAUGCAUACGGGAUUAUUGCCAUCACUGAACUAAAAGACCCUGUAUUUCAUUCUGCACUUAUAGCGUUAGUGCCUCUACCAGCUGUAUUUUAUAUUCUAACGGCUCGUUUCACAGACCCUAAUAAACUUCAUGCAGACUGAUCUCUGAAUAUGACAACAGAAUAAGGAUAAGA